GACACCACACAAGCAAGAGAGAGUCUUGCAGGUAGGAAGGGGGAGAGUAUACACGUUGGGGAGAGAGAAGGGACCAGGUCCAGAAGUUUCUCUAAGAGGCUAACUGCUACACGUAGGAUUAUUCUCCCUCACCAAUCCCAGCCCUCCCUAAGGGUCCCAGGAGACCAAGAAUCGAAGCUUCUGGAAAGUGUAAGAUGCACUGGGAGACUAGAAUUCUGAGGCUCCAGAGACUCCCAACUCAGUGUAAGAAUCAGGAAAGCAUGUCUGUACACUGACCUACAUAGAAGGUCUUCCCUUCGCCAGGACGGCAGGAUGCCACCUAAAGCCAAACGAAAGGGGAGAAAAGCUGGAGCAAGGACAAAGAAAAAGAACUUCAGUCCUGGUGUGGAGGCUGAGGCCAAGCACAGGCUGGUGAUGCUAGAGAAGGAGCUGCUUCAGGACCGCUUAGCUCUACAGAGGGAAGAGGCUCGCCGAGCCAAGGCUUCUGAAGACAGGCUGAGGCAGAGAGUACAAGGGCUGGAAGCGGAACUGGAAAGAACCCAAAGUGAAGGGAAGGUUGCAUAUGCAGAGAUGAGACGCCAGCGUCGAGCCCUGCAAGAGGAGCUGGGGACCAGAAGCAAGCAGCUGGAAGAGGAAGUGAGAGGUCUAAAGGAGCAGCUAGAAACCUGCCAAAGAGAGGCUAAGACAGCAAGGGAAGAGGCUGAGCAAGCCCUCAGAAAGCAAGACGGAACCCUGGCACAGCUUCGUGCCCACGUGGAGGACAUGGAGGCUAAAUAUGAGGAAAUCUUGCACGACAACCUGGACUGUCUGUUGGCCAAGCUGAGGGCAGUGAAACCUCACUGGGAUGCAGCCAUGCUGAGACUCCACACCAGACACAAGGAGCAGCUACGGCAAUUUGGUCUCAACCCCCUGGAUCUUUGAGGCCACUGGCCCGUAACCCCUAAGGCCAAUCAAUAAAGCAACUUUAUGUAGAAUUCAAUAGAACUGUGUGGAUUGUGGCCUUUGGCAGUGAGGACAUCUAUGUUCUGGGUUGACCCAUUGUCCUAAACACUGAGUGGUAAGAAAGAGACAAUGUUCUAAACCCUUUCUUAUAGAAACUAGACCCCAUUCCCUUAAGCCUAGAUCACCUUUGGUCCCUUUAAACUACCUUGGCUUAAAUGGGUAUGGUGGCACAUGCCUUUAGUCCCCACACUUGGGAGGCAGAGGCAGGUGAAUCUCUGAGUUUAAGACCAGCCUGGUCUACAAAGCGAGUUGUAGGACAGCCAAGGCUAUGCAGAGAAACCCUGUCUUGACAAAACAAAACAAAACAAUCUUGGUUUUUCCUGACCAAUAAAACAUAAAGCCA